GGUAGGCGCGCCCAGACCUGAGACAGGUGGGGACCGGGCUGCGUCACGUGCGGGCUCCGAGCGCCCGGGGCCCCGCCCAGUGGCCGGCGCAGCCAAUCGCAGCGCGGGCAGGCGGUGGGGGCGGGGAAGGCCGCCUGGAAACUUAAAUCCCGAGUCGGGCGCCCGUGCUCCAGAGCCGCGGAGGUGUGUUAGCCCGAGGCUUGUUAGCGAGGGCGCCUGCGCAGCUGCGACGGCUGCUGGUUUUGAAACAUGAAUCUUUCGCUCGUCCUAGCUGCCUUUUGCUUGGGAAUAGCCUCCGCUGUUCCAAAAUUUGACCAAAAUUUGGAUACAAAGUGGUACCAGUGGAAGGCAACACAUAGACGAUUAUAUGGCGCGAGUGAAGAAGGAUGGAGGAGAGCAGUGUGGGAAAAGAAUAUGAAAAUGAUUGAACUGCACAAUGGGGAAUACAGCCAAGGGAAACAUGGCUUCACAAUGGCCAUGAAUGCUUUUGGUGACAUGACCAAUGAAGAAUUCAGGCAGGUGAUGGGUUGCUUUCGAAACCAGAAACUCAGGAAGGGGAAACUGUUCCGUGAGCCUCUGUUUCUUGAUCUUCCCAAAUCUGUGGAUUGGAGAAAGAAAGGCUACGUGACGCCAGUGAAGAAUCAGAAACAGUGUGGUUCUUGUUGGGCUUUUAGUGCGACUGGUGCUCUUGAAGGACAGAUGUUCCGGAAAACUGGGAAACUUGUCUCACUGAGCGAGCAGAAUCUGGUGGACUGUUCGCGUUCUCAAGGCAAUCAGGGCUGCAAUGGUGGCUUCAUGAAUCGCGCCUUCCAGUAUGUCAAGGAGAACGGAGGCCUGGACUCUGAGGAAUCCUAUCCAUAUGUAGCAAUGGAUGGAAUCUGUAAGUACAGACCUGAGAAUUCUGUUGCUAAUGACACCGGCUUCCAGGUGGUCCCAGCUGGAAAGGAGAAGGCCCUGAUGAAAGCAGUGGCAACUGUGGGGCCCAUCUCUGUUGCUAUGGAUGCAGGCCAUUCGUCCUUCCAGUUCUACAAAUCAGGCAUUUAUUUUGAACCAGACUGCAGCAGCAAAAACCUGGAUCAUGGUGUUCUGGUGGUUGGCUACGGCUUUGAAGGAGCAAAUUCAGAUAACAACAAGUAUUGGCUCAUCAAAAACAGCUGGGGUCCAGAAUGGGGCUCGAAUGGCUAUGUAAAAAUAGCCAAAGACAAGAACAACCACUGUGGAAUCGCCACAGCAGCCAGCUACCCCACUGUGUGAACUGAUGGAUGGUGAGGAGGAAGGACGUAAGGAAAGCAUGUCUGGGGGAAUUUUAUCUUGAAACUGACCAGAUGCUUAUUGUGUAAGAUAAACCACUUGAAUCAUUGAGGAUCCAAGUUGAGAUUUGAAUUCUGUGACAUUUUUACAAGGGUAAAAUGUUACCAGUAUUUUAAUUACUGUUAUACACGGCUUUAUGAUAUCAAAGACUCACUGCUUAAUUCUAAGACUUUUGAAUUUUCAUUUUUUAAAAAGAUGUAUAAAACAGUUUAAAAUAAACUUUAAUUCGUAUAUAAA